GGUGAAGUUAUCUAGGAGUUGUACAGUGAUGAGCUGUAACAGUCUUUGGAUGGGAGUCUGAUGGACAUCUGGAUCUGCUGAGGGAAGGAGUAAAUCCCAUGGCAGGAAGUGCUGAUGUGUGUAACAGUACUGAUCUUCCAGAGGUGGAGAUCAUCAGUCUGCUGGAGGAGCAGCUGCCCCACUACAAGCUGAGAGCAGACACCAUCUACGGGUAUGACCACGACGACUGGCUCCACACCCCUCUCCUCUCCCCCGACACCAACCUGGACCUCACCGUGGAGCAGAUUGAGGAGACUCUGAAGUAUUUCCUUCUAUGUGCUGAAAGAGUGGGCCAGAUGACUAAGACAUACAGUGACAUAGAUGCUGUUACUCGUCUGCUUGAAGAGAAAGAACGGGACUUGGAGCUCGCCGCCCGCAUCGGCCAGUCACUGCUGAAGAAGAACAAAACCCUCAGUGAGAGAAAUGAAUUCCUGGAGGAGCAAGUGGAGCACAUUCGAGAGGAGGUUUCUCAGCUGCGCCAUGAUCUGUCUAUGAAAGAUGAGCUUCUCCAGUUCUACACUAGUGCAGCAGAGGAGAGUGAAGGAGAUUCGUCCACCUGUACCCCCAUCCGCCACAAUGACUCCACACUGUCGGUGCCAAGAUACUUCCCCCUGGACUCACUGCAGAAGAAACUCAAAGACCUGGAGGCAGAGAACAUCUCUCUCAGAUCAGAGGCCAGUCACCUGGAGACGGAGACAGAGGAGUACGAGGAGAAGGAGCAGCAGCUGGUCAACGACGUCGUCAAAGAGCUGAGAGAUGCCAACCACCAGAUGUCCACCCUGGCGGAGGAGCUGGCGAGGAAGACGGACGAUGGGUCUCGCCAGCAGGAGGAGAUCACACACCUCCUGUCCCAGAUCGUAGACCUGCAGAAGAAGUCCAAGUCUUAUGCAGUGGAAAACCAAGAGCUCACCCAGCAUCUAGGGGCUGCCAAAGAUGCCCAGCGCCAGCUCACUGCUGAGCUGAGGGAGUUGGAGGAUAAGUAUGCAGAGUGUAUGGAAAUGCUCCAUGAGGCCCAGGAAGAGCUGAAGAACCUCCGGAAUAAAUCACUACCUCUCAGUACACCCCGACGCUUCCACUCCCUGGGCCUGUUCCCUAUGGACUCUCUAGCUGCUGAUGAGGGCACCAUGAGGAAGGGGCUGGCUAUGGAUGACCCGGAAGUGGAAGAGCAGAAGUUGCACCCCAAGCGUGUGUUUGAGACUGUGAAAAACAUUAACCUGAUGCGUCAGCGCUCCUCUCUGACAAUGUACACAGUUUCUCCUGUCCUCAGCAAAUGCAGGUUGAUGGCCAUGACUCAUGUUGUCUUCUGCUCUAUUCUCUCUCCCCCCCCCAGUACGGAUGACUCCAACAAGAAACCAGGGACCCCUGGAACGCCGGGCUAUCAGGAUCUGGAAGCAGCCCUGCGACGUCUCUCCCUGCGGCGGGACAACUACCUGACGCGAGCGGCGGUUUUCUUCGAGGAGGAGAGGGAUCGGAAGCUCCAGGGGCUGGUGGAGAAGGGAGAGGUGUACAACGGCAGUAUGACCCCCACAGAGAGCAUCAUGUCCCUGGGAGGAACCCACUCCUCUUCCAUCUGGUCUGGGUACUCCUUCAGCUCCCGCUCCUACCUGCCGGAGAAGCUGCAGAUCGUCAAGCCACUGGAAGGCUCGGCCACCCUGCACCAGUGGCAGCAGCUGGCCCAGCCCAACCUGGGUGGGAUCCUGGACACGCGGCCUGGUGUGGUCACUAAGGGCUUCCGUCCUCUGGAACUAGACCUGGAGCACAUGUACCUGUUCACUGACUUUGAGGAGGAGGACUUUGAGGUAGUGGAGGAGUGUGACCUGUCUGUCUCAGGCUCUACCCCCGGCUGUAGUGGCAUCUCCAUCCUCAGCCGGCAGGGCCUCCGUACCCGCUCCUCCUCCUGCUCCUCCUCCUGCAGCGGCAGAUCCAUCAACAACAACCUUCCAGAGGGAGAAGCCAGGGAAGAGGGCGAGACAGGCCCAGGCAGCACAUCACUGUCGUCCCCUGCACCUCCAGACAGCGAGAACCAGGAGAACCAGGAUCAGGCUGCAGCCGCUGACGGGGUGCCCGCCCACUUCCCUGGUAAAUGCAUGUCCAACACCAGCUCCACCUAUACCUUCACCACCUGUCGGAUCAUGCACCCCUCAGACGAGCUGACCAGAGUCACCCCCAGCCUUAUGUCGGGCCCUACUGCCUCCUGUGUCAUGACCAGCAGCAGCAGCGUCAGAUCUACCCCCUGCUCAACCCCUUGCACCCCGCGCCGCCUCAGCCUGGCAGCCGAGUCCUUCACCAACCUGAGAGACUCCACCAAGACCAUGAGCACUAGUGGAGGUCUGGUGCGGCUCCUCCAGGAGCGAGGCAUCUCUGCAGCAGUCUACAACCCUCAGAGCUGGGACCGGGCAGACUGUAGCACCUCCAUCCCCACUGGGGGAGUACCGUCGCUUCUACCGCCACGGCCCCCCAACACCCUACCCUCCACGCCUCCCAACUCCCCAACCCACCGCUCCCUCUGUGCCAAACCCAGCAGCCCCGUGGGCCCCUUCGAACUCAGUCCCAGCGCCCCGCCCUAUGACAACUUCCUGGCAUCGAAGCCGGCCAGCUCCAUCCUGAAGGAGGUGAGGGCAGAGGCCCAGAGCAGUGAGUCAGCAGACAGCGAGUGUCAGACUGACGUCAGCGUCCACAAUCUGAAGCUGGUGGACAAGCUGAAGCGCUUCAGCGUGGCUGGGGCCGGCCCCUCUUUAUCAGGGGCCACGGGGCCCACCAUGCUGGGGCCCCUCAGCGGCCUCCACCGCCCUUCCCACUUCUGCCCUUCUGUGGUGACCAGUCCCAUAGGGGGCCUCGGCCCCGCUCUGAACGCAGGCAUCCGCCGUAACCGCAGCUACCCGGCCAUGGUAGGGGCCGGCAUGGCUAUGAAGGGCCCGGGGCCCCAAAGCCCCACAGACAUGCUCCUGGCUUCUUCCUCCAAGCUCCCCAGACAGACUAGUCUCAAUGAUGGGUGAAUGAAUGUUGACUUUUCUCUUCUGUCUGUCACCUGUCAGAUGAGUUGGAUGUAUAUAUAGCUGCUGUAUGAGUCCCCGGUCUGUGACAAAUCAACUCUGUGCCUGAAAGAGAUGCCCUUUUUACACUGCAUUUUGUAUCAAUGCUAAUUAUUUUGUCUUCCUUUCUUUCUCUCUUCUGUCUCGCGCUCUCUUCUCUCCUGUCCUCUUUCUCUAUUCUGACUCCCUCUCAUGUCCUCUCGCUCUAUUCUGUCUCUCUCUCCUCUCUUGUCCUCUUUCUCUAUUCUGACUCUCUCUCUCUCCUCUCUUGUCCUCUUUCUCUAUUCUGACUCUCUCUCUCUCCUCUCCUGUCCUCUUUCUCUAUUCUGACUCUCUCUCUCUCCUCUCCUGUCCUCUUUCUCUAUUCUGACUCUCUCUCUCUCCUCUCCUGUCCUCUUUCUCUAUUCUGACUCUCUCUCUCUCCUCUCCUGUCCUCUUUCUCUAUUCUGACUCUCUCUCUCUCCUCUCCUGUCCUCUUUCUCUAUUCUGACUCUCUCUCUCCUCUCCUGUCCUCUUUCUCUAUUCUGACUCUCUCUCUCUCCUCUCCUGUCCUCUUUCUCUAUUCUGACUCUCUCUCUCUCUCCUGUCCUCUUUCUCUAUUCUGACUCUCUCUCUCCUCUCCUGUCCUCUUUCUCUAUUCUGACUCUCUCUCUCUCCUCUCCUGUCCUCUUUCUCUAUUCUGACUCUCUCUCUCUCCUCUCCUGUCCUCUUUCUCUAUUCUGACUCUCUCUCUCUCCUCUCCUGUCCUCUUUCUCUAUUCUGACUCUCUCUCUCUCCUCUCCUGUCCUCUUUCUCUAUUCUGACUCUCUCUCUCUCCUCUCCUGUCCUCUUUCUCUAUUCUGACUCUCUCUCUCUCCUCUCCUGUGUUCUCCUCUCCUCUCUUUCUCUGUCCUCUUUUCUCUCUGCUUACAAGCCUCAGUAAAUAGUACCAUGAUGUGUUAUUGUGUUAUUGUUGAUUGGCCCUGCAAAUCGGUAGGCUGAAGAAGAUGUACUGUAGCACCUGUUAUCUGUUUAGGAAACGGAGCGCUUCCAAGCCCAGGUAAACUCAUAUUAAAAAUCUAUUUAUUUUAUUCCCAGGUCUAAACGUAUACUUGUAGAGAUAAAGCACUGUCUCUUCCUGUUAAUUAGCUAAUGAGUGGCAAGCAGUACCAACGAACACACCUUAAGUGGUAUUUAAGGGUAUUCAGUGACAUCAUGACAAUAUGCACAUAACUAAGACCUUUAUUGAGGAAAUGAAAUGUUGGAGGUACAGUAUUCAUACUACUAGCUAGCACAAUACUGGGCAACAACACAUGUUAUUCACCUCAAAGUUGAUCCAAAUAAAGAGUGGGAAGGAUCCACACUUGAAGCUAAGAGGGAUGCAUGGAUGUUUGCCGUGAAUGAAUAGGCUAUGGUUUGAAUUUGGAUACAUUGUAACAGACCAACAUGAUUUAUAGACAUUUGUGUGCAGUGCGAGUAUGUGAGCAUGUGUGUGUGUAUAAAGUUGUUGAAAGAUUUACCUAUAGGCCUAGAUAGUCUAAGAAAGGCUUGAGUCAUUUGGUUAAGGUGAUAAUCAGAUAUACAGGACAUUUCAACCAGGGCCCACUAACUGCUGUCUCCCAAUACAAAAGGUGUGUAGAAGAGUUCUCUGGGAGGUACGCUGUUGACUUUUAUGAGAGAAACAUUAUACAAGUUAGAUUUUUCUGACUUUCAUCUUUCUGGUAACAAGCUUUGGUGACUGAACUGUUAGCUUUAAACUAAAGCCACUGUACUGUAAAUGAAGUUGUGGAACGGAGAGAUGGAGGGAAUACGUCCUAGUGCCUCAUACUUUACAUAGUUCCAUUGUUGUUGGACUGACUGAUCUGUCUGGUUCCUCCCUGGUAUGAGCAGACAACUGCUUUGUGUUCUGAGGUUAUCCUCCUCGUACGAGUUUGAACUUGAACUGCAGAGAAGUUGAGCUCUCAUUACAUCUUGGAUAGAUGCAGUAUAUGUGUUGAAAUAAAGAAGAAACGCCUAUUAUUUAUCAUUAACUUCUGACAAAAGUAGAGAUUCGUCCUUGCUGACAUUGUGUGUAACUUGAAUAGCCUUUGAAUGUAUUGAUUAACAGCAGAAAAUAUUAUGUCCACAUGUCUGUUGAUUUAAAUGAUGGUUUUACUGCAUUUCAACCACAAAGGGAAUUAUUAUUAUACUACUUGUACAUUGUAAAUGGUAUGUAUGCAAUGAAUUUAGCCAUGUUAACUAUUUUUUAAUAAACUAGAAUAUAUAUAUAUAUAAGGGACAAAAAUGUUGUUCAGGCCAUGAAGUGGUGAGAACACUGGUUUAAAAACAAGGGUUUUGUGUUCCAGAAUUUCAAGAGCACCAAUUUGCAAAAAAAGCUAUUAUCAAUAAAACAAUUGAUAUGA